UUCAUCCGCGCACACACAUACAUACCGAUCGACAUCGCGCCGUUUUUAUCUGCCUCACCAGCUCCGGUUUCCCCCGUUCAGCCUUUCCCCCCGUCAACUGCCGCCAUGUUUUUCUGAGGCAGGAUGACAGCAGAGAGUGAGCGCAGACGAAGACGGAUAUAAGACUGAAAAACCGUCGAAUUACAGCAUUUUUUUCCUUCCCAGGCGACUAUUUUUUUAUUGCGGAGUCCGGGGAAUUCAUUUCCCGGAUGGGAGGGGGUCCUCCCACAUAAAUGUAAAAUCCAGAAACUAUUCUUUCCUCCGUUUUUAAGUUUAUAUCAUGAAAAAGCAAAAAGUCAGAAGCCUAUCUGAAGAAGAAGAACGUAUUCCUGCCUGCGCUUGACUACCUCUACCAGCGAACCUACAGGAAUAACCAGACGAGUGAUCUCUGCAUGAUCAACUGCUUUACCACGAGUCACCUGCUGUCGAAACUUUGUUUCUUAAGCAAGCUGAACAUAUAAAAACGACUUUGAAUAUAAUCUAAAGUGAGGAUCCGACACAGCACAUCUCAAAGAUGACGGGCAACAUCCCUGUCGACAUGAUCAACUUGAGGCUCAUCUUGGUGAGUGGAAAAACAAAGGAGUUCCUGUUCUCGCCAAAUGACUCUGCGGCCGACAUCGCCAAGCACGUGUACGACAACUGGCCAAUGGACUGGGAGGAGGAACAAGUGAGCAGUCCGAACAUCCUGCGCCUCAUCUACCAGGGCCGAUUCCUACACGGAAAUGUGACGCUUGGAGCUUUAAAACUGCCUCUUGGAAAAACCACAGUGAUGCAUUUAGUUGCCAGAGAGACGCUGCCUGAGCCAAAUUCCCAAGGUCAAAGGAACCGGGAAAAGACUGGAGAGAGCAACUGUUGUGUGAUCCUGUAAAUACAUCCCUUCAUCCCUCAGAAUGAGUGUGUCCCAUCACCCUUCGCCCAUGCUGCUUAAACACAACUACUCACACCUGACCGGAACGAGAGCUUCACUUCACCUGGAAAGAAAAAAAAAUCACACCCGAGAGAGAACGAGACCAGGCUCGGAGAACGCAUAGUGCGUAUUUAAGCCAAAAGACGUCAAGAAAAUCCAACCUCGAGAGCAGCAGAUAAUAAAACGCAUCCUGCCGUCACCCCCACACACAUCUUUUCUCAUCAUUCUACCUUCAUGCACACCCAGCAGACCUGUAACUCGUUUCAUCAUGCACACACUCACACACAGACAAGCACUCCUUCCCCUUCUACCGGUUUGCACAAGGAGGAGGCCCGUUUUUUAUUGCACAUGGCAAACAUGAAUGAUUCAGUGUGGAAGAAGAGACUUGCCCUUGAUUCUUCCUCUCAGGAGGGAGACGUGUGAGGGGGAAAUGAAUUUACACAGGGUCUGAUGAACUUUUCACAUUUAACGACGCACCACGUGCUCACCAGGCUUGGCUCGGAUCCGGUGCGGAGGCGGGAAGGCAUGCCGUCACCUACGUCUGAAAUAAUAGCACACGCUUCACUGGCGGUUUAACCUCCGCUUCACGCGCCCUCCUGAUGAAAUACUAAUCGCCACAUGUAGUUCAGCGCAGGAGAACAAGUAUUGAUGUGCCUGAUGAACGUUUUAGAAUUGUUUAUUAUACGUUUCCAUGUGUUUUAAAUGCCCCAUUCUGGUCCUGGAGAUCCAGCGUCCUGCUUUAACAAGUUCCGGUGCUCGAUUAGCCGGUUCGGGUGUGUUUGGAGCGCAGGAGUUGGGACUUUGCAGGAAGGUAGAUCUCCAGAAGUUCAUGGAAAGUCUAAAUAAUGCAUAAUGAGUAACAGUGACAUUUGCGGCUGUGUUUUGACAGUCAAACAGUGUUGCGUCUGCCCUCUUUAGAUAGUUCUGAGCUGCUCUCUUUCAGGAAGGGUAAGAUUUAUCCCUUUAUUUUCUAAGUGUAGUGGUGUAAAUUAAUGCUUGCGUUUGGAGCCAGAAGAUAACUACGGAAUGAAGUUUGGCUUGGUUUCCUCCCUGUUAGAUAUAAAAUUUGUUUGCACAAUACAGAAACAUGUGCUGUUUCAUUUCUAAAUCUGUGUAAUUUUUCUUUCUCCUCAUCCCUUUUUAAUAUUUUUUCCAAAUGGGAAUUGUAUUCGAAGGUUACAUAUGUGUAGAGUAUAUUUAAUAUGAAUCUUAUAGAGAACAUAACUAUAGAUUGUUGAUAUAUAUUGGUGUCUAGUGUAUGAUAGUCUAAAAACAGUUAGCACAUUAGCAUUUGGAGCAGUGAGAUGCUGACAAUGUCAUGUACUUUAACAGCAGCAAACCCCUCUCUAAUGGUGAAGAAAUUACUGUACUGUGUUUCUUGUUUUUUCUUCAAAUGUUCAUAAUUUGAUAUCUUUUUUUCUUCCAUUGUCUUUUUCUGUUCAUGUGGUUUUUGCUUUCUGCAUUUUAACACCGCACUAGGUCUGAAAAAUAUUGGUCCUUAUCAGGGUUCAAAUCUGUACAGAGCUGAAGUUUUUAAAAAUAUAAUUGUAAAUAAAACUAAUGCUUCUCAUUCUCUAAACUACAAAUGGAAAUACAUCUAUAAACUGAAUAAAGAAUCCAGAAUAUUGAAGUCAAA